ACAUCACAGACAACGUUUUCGACAAGAGCAAAGUGAACACAGACAGAUAAAGAAGAUUCUAGCUAGUGAUGAUUCACGCACACACAAUUUUUUUUUUUAAAAAAAUACACACACAUACACAAACUCUAUAAAUAGCAAGACGACUCAGCUUCAUGGGUUCAUACAGAGAUUAUAUAUAUAGCAAUUAUAGUGUAUGCAUUGAGAUAGUUCACUGAUCAAAAGAAUGGCGGCGAGAGACCCCCUUGUGAUUGGGAGAGUUGUGGGAGAUGUUCUUGAGCCAUUCACAAGGUCCAUUCCACUUAGGGUUAUAUACAACCAAAGAGAGGUCACCAAUGGCUGUGAUCUUAGGCCUUCUCAUGUUUCCCACAAACCUAGGGUUGAGAUUGGUGGAGACGACCUUAGGACUUUGUACACCUUGGUGAUGGUGGAUCCUGAUGCACCGAGUCCAAGCAAUCCCCAUCUCCGAGAAUAUCUCCACUGGUUGGUGACUGAUAUUCCUGCCACAACCGGAGCAAGCUUUGGGAACGAGGUCGUGUGCUACGAGAAUCCACGGCCGACGUCGGGGAUCCACCGGUUCGUGGUGGUACUGUUCCGACAGCAGCUCGGGAGGCAAACGCUGUAUGCGCCUGGCUGGAGACAGCACUUCAACACGAGAGAGUUCGCUGAGCUCUACAACCUUGGCCUGCCUGUUGCCGCUGUCUACUUCAAUUGCCAAAGGGAAAGUGGAUGUGGCGGACGAAGAUUAAUGUAGCCUCCUUAAUCGUUGGAUAUCUUGAGGUUAUUAAAAUUAUUAUACGUAUUGUUAUUAAAAGCAUAUAUGUAUGUAUGUAAAUGUAUGUAUGUAUGUAUGUAUGAUACUGUAUGAUGGUACGUUGGUGUAGCGAGUUGGAAUAAAAUAUCGGUUGUGAUCAACAAUA